AUGAAGUUUCUCGUCGCCGCCGCUGCCUCUUUGGCUACCGGCGUCAACGCUGCAGUCAUUGGCUCCUCUGCAACUUCUGCUGAAUUGGAUAUCUCGUUCAUCACCGACGUGACGCGCAGGGUUGGGCAACGCAUCGAUGCUCUCGACGUUCUCGUUCAGGACUUCACCAGAAAUUCGCUACCACCCCAGAACGCUGUUGCCGCAGUUGUCAAGACUCUCAAGGACGGCAAGGUUACCGUCGAUGCUGGGAAGCAAUUAGCAGUCGAUGAUGCCAAAACGCUUACCAACCCUGUCAACGCAUUGCAACAACAGUGUCAAAAUCUCUUGGAUCAUCUCAAGACCAAGAAGAGCAUCAUUGAGAGCGCCAGCCUUUGUCAAGAUUUUGGCCAGCAAACGACGGCUAUUAGCACUUACUCCAACGCCCUCACUGAUUCAAUCGUCUCCAAAUUCCCUGACGAUGCCCAGCAUGUCGCGCGGGAUGUUGUCGUGGAACUCAAAAACCUCUUGCUGAAGGCUCAAGUCGAGUUCAGCAAGAACAACUGCAUCAAUAAGGCCGCACAGCCCGAGAAGGUGAACAACCAACGACCCAGAGCUCCCGAGGAGCCUUGCGAAGACCCAACUCCUACCAAUGACGGCCAACCUACAACCAGCGAGGAGCCCUGUGAGGAAACGGUUCCUCCCCACGACCCCGAACCCUCGACUACGGAACCCUGUGAGGAAACGACACCUGCCCACAACCCCGAACCUUCGACUACGGAACCCUGUGAGGAAACGACUCCUGCCCACAACCCCGAACCAUCGACUACGGAACCCUGUGAGGAAACGACUCCUGCCCACAACCCCGAACCAUCGACCACGGAAUCCUGUGAGGAAACUACCACCAGCCGCAACCACGAACCGUCGACUACCGAGCCCUGGGAGGAAACUACUACAGCCCCUUCUGGCAUCAGGUCUACUACGGCUCCUAGUGCUGGGAUUACCCCUCCUGGAACUGAGAAGGAAACCACCACAGCUCCUGGUACUGGGAUUAGCCCUCCUAGCACUAGGGAAACGAAAACAGCUCCUGGUACUGAGAUUACCCCUCCUGGCACUGCGAAGGGAACCACAGCUCCCAGUACUGGAGUUGCCACUCCUGGCACUGACAAGGGAACCUCCACAGCUCCCAGUACUGGAGUUGCCACUCCUGGCACUGACAAGGGAACCUCCACAGCUCCUGCUACUGCAGUUUUCACUCCUGGCACUGACAAGGGAACCUCCACAGCUCCUGCUACUGGAGUUUUCACUCCUGGCACUGACAAGGGAACCUCCACAGCUCCUGAUACUGCAGGUGUCACUCCUGGCACUGACAAGGGAACCUCCACAGCUCCUGCUACUGCAGCUACCACUCCUGCCACCGAGGAGGAAACCACCACAGCUCCUGCUACUGGAGUUACAAAUCCUGGCACUGCGAGGGAGACCACAGCUUCUGGUACUGGAAUCACCACUCCUCGCGCAGACAAGGAAACCACAGCUUCCACCGGCACCGAGCCUGCUACGGCUCCUGCUGGGACCGGGACCGGUACCGAACCUGGCGCUACCAGCACUUCUGGUCAGGCACCCACUCAGCCCAUUGGCGGCCAGACCACUUUCGUCACCGCCCCCGUCCAGCCCGCGUCUCCUGGCAGCAGUGGUGAAACUCAGCCGACUGGCGGUAACGGUGAAAGCCGGCAGCCCUCCAGCGGGGGUGGCGGCAAUGCUCCAACCUCUGGAGGAAGCGUCGGCGGCACCAACUCUACCGCAGCCCUCGGGCCCACUGGCAGUAACGGCGGCGGCCCUCGGCCCCCCAUCUUUACCGCCACCGGCCCCAGCACUCCUCCCGGCCCCACUGCCGGAGCUGGCGCGGUUGGCCCAGCCGCGGCUUUGGCAUUGGCCAUUGGCGCGCUCGUCCUCGUGUAG